UUUUUGUUGAGUCUUUUAAAAUGUCUGUUCGACCACACCAUAGCCAGUUUUAACAUGCAUUUGUUAUCUAUUUAAAAUCAAAAGAAUAUUUCAAACAAUCUCGUGAAGCUAUUUCCUUGUUGUUGCGGUUGGCAUGGUGUUGUUUUCGUCAUAGCCCAGUCUCGAGGUAUAAAGUUAUGCGUUUCAUGGAGAGGGUGUGCCUCGUCCCUGUUUGGAAAUAGCAGGUGGUUAAGGGUGGCAUGUCAGAAUAUCAUUCCUGGGACGUCAUAUCAUGGUCCUUCGACGUCAUGAGACAUUAUUUACCUGUUUUUCCUAGCUGCUUCUGGCCCCGCCCUCUCCUUAUGCACACACCCCCACACAAUCCAAAUCCCUCCCCCACAGUGGCUACCUGCUUGGGGUCUGCACGCCGUGUUAGAUCAGUGUGUGUGUCUUGUGCAUAGCAGCACUCCAGUGGUUGUUCAUAGAGUAAGAUAGAUGAUGAUGUUAUUUUUAUUUUUUUGUUGCCUAGUGGUGAGCAGCAGCUUUGAGGACCAGUUGACCAGUCUAAAUGGAUCGCCCCCCCUAGAUUUGGGCCAGGCCAAUGGGCCCCAGGAGACAGAAGCCCUGCCUCGGCCCUUCGGCCUGGACUCGGACGCGCUGACUGAGGCGGUCGAGAGCGACCCUAACCUCUUCGUGGCGCUCUAUGACUUUGUGGCCAGAGACGAUAACAUGCUCAGCAUCACCAAAGGCGAGAAGCUGCUGGGCUACAACAAUGGCGAGUGGAGCGAGGUGCUCUCCAUGAACGGCGAGGGCUUGGUGCCGUCCAACUACAUCACGCCCGUCAACAGCCUGGAGAAGCACAGCUGGUACCGCGGCCCCGUGUCGCGCAGCGCCGCCAUGUACCUGCUCGGCCUGGACUCGGCCGAGCUGACAGAGGAGGUACGCUGGCGCUACAAGAAGAACCUCCGGGGGACGGCGGAGAGCGACCCCAAACUCUUCGUGGCGCUCUAUGACUUUGUGGCCGAAUACGAUGACGAGCUCAGCAUCACCAAAGGCGAGAAGCUGCUGGGCUACAACUAUGGCGAGUGGAGCGAGGUGCUCUCCAAGAACGGCGAGGGCUUGGUGUUGUCCAACCACACCACGCCUGUCAACAGCCUGGAGAAUCACAGCUGGUACCGCAGCCCCGUGUCACGCAGCGCCGCCAUGUACCUGCUCGGCCUGGACUCGGCCGCGCUGACAGAGGAGGUACGCUGGCGCUCCAAGAAGAACCUCCUGGGGACGGCGGAGAGCGACCCCAACCUCUUCGUGGCGCUCUAUGACUUUGUGGCCACCGGCGAUAGCACACUCAGCAUCACCAAAGGCGAGAAGCUGCGGGUGCUGGGCUACGACAAUGGCGAGUUCAGCGAAGUGCGCUCCAAGAACGGCCACGGCUGGGUGCUGUCCAACUACAUCUGGCCCGUCAACAGCCUGGAGAAGCACAGCUUGUACCGCAGCUCCGUGCGUUACUCCGCCGAAUACCUAUUCGGCAUUGUCUCGGACGCGCUGACGGAGGCGGUACGACGGAGCUCCGAGGAGAACCUGGACAGGGCGUCGGAGAGCGACCCCAACCUCUUCAUGGCGCUCCAUGACUUUGAGGCCAGCGGCGAUAACAUGCUCAGCAUCACCAAAGGCGAGGAGCUGCGGGUGGUGGGCUACAGCAAGUGGAGCCAGGUGCGCUCUGAGAAUGGCCAGGGCUGGGUGCCGUCCAACUACAUCAUGCCCGUCAGCCUGGAGAAGCACAGCUGGUACCACGGGGCCGUGUCGCGCUCCGCCGCCGAGUACCUGCUCAGCUCGCUUAUCGACGGCAGCUUCCUGGUGUGGGAGAGCGAGAGCAGCCCCGGGCAGCUGUCCAUCUCGCUGCGCUACAAGGGCUUCAGCUACCACUGUUCGGGUGUGGUGGAGGAGGAGGAGGAGGAGGAGGAAGAAGUGGAGGGACUCGUGUGCCACUACCGCAUCAACAUGUCCUCUGACGGAAAGGUGUACCUGACGGCGGAGAGCCGCUUCGCCACGCUGGUGGAGCUGGUGCACCACCACUCCACGGUGGCAGACGGCCUGGUCACCACGCUGCACUACCCGGCGCCCAAGCGCAACAAACCCACCGUGAACGGCGUGUCGCCCAUCCACGACAAGUGGGAGAUAGAGUGCACGGACAUCACCAUGAAGCACAAGCUGGGCGGCGGGAAUUACGGCGAGGUCUACUUGGGCAUCUGGUUCAAACGUAGUCGUCGGGUCGCGGUCAAAAAGAUCAAGGAGGACACCAUGGAGGUUGAAGAGUUACUGAAGGAGGCGGUGUUGAUGAAAGAAAUCAAACACCCCAACCUGGUCCAACUUCUAGGCGUGUGCACCCUGGAGACUCCCUUCUACAUCGUGACGGAGUACAUGCCCAACGGCAACCUGCUGGAAUACCUGAGGGGGUGCGACCGCGAGGAGACCAACGCUGUAGUGCUGCUUUACAUGGCCACGCAGAUCUCCUCCGCCAUGGAGUACCUGGAGAAGAAGAACUUCAUACACGGGGACCUGGCCGCCAGGAACUGCCUGGUGGGGGAGAACCACGUGGUGAAGGUGGCGGACUUCGGCCUGAGCCGGCUGAUGACCGGGGAAACCUACACAGCCCACGCCGGCGGCAAGUUCCCCAUCAAGUGGAGCGCGCCCGAGGGCCUGGACAACAACACCUUCUCCAUCAAGUCUGACGUGUGGGCGUUCGGGGUGCUGCUCUGGGAGAUCACAACCUACGGCAUGUCUCCGUACCCCGGGAUCGACCUGUCCCAGAUGUACGACCUGCUGGAGAAAGGCUAUCGCAUGGAGCAGCCUGAGGGCUGCCCCCCUAAAGUCUACGAGCUCAUGAGGGCCUGCUGGCAGUGGAGCCCGUUGGAACGGCCUUCGUUUGCUGAGAUCCAUCAGGACUUUGAGACCAUGUACCAUGGUCUCAAAGGCAUAUCUGAAGGUACAGCCCACAUCAGAACCCAGCGCGCCGCCGAAGAGGAGGGGAACAGUCGUCCACAACGACUGCCAAAACAAGAGCUAUAAAGAGCCCUCCUUCUAACAAUUAGUGUUUAUGUAUGUUGUGUUAUUUGGAUCAUCAUUAACAUGCAAUGGAUUAACUCAUUCCCAUAUGCCCAUAUCCCGUAUGAAAGUGCAAUUGUUUCAUGCUACGUUUUGAUAAAAAAAAAUAUAUUGUUAUUGUUUUUAUGUUGUAAUGUUCUGGUAAAAAAAUAAGUGUUUCAAUUUGAUGUCCUUCUUAAAUAUUAAUGUAUUCAUUUUCUCAUUAAACCUGCCCACAACUUUAUAUCAGUCUGGUUUUUAUUCAUGAUUAGAAAUUAUCAAAAACAAUGUACUUAUUGCAUUUACCUUAAGUCAAAUGCACAAAACCGUGAAUGAAAAUAAAAAGACUUUCUCAUCCUUUUUCCCAACCUUUUUUUUCUGUCCAUUAUUUAAAACAAAUCAUAACCCCUUUGACAAGUAUGUUAAAUAUCUGUAGACAAAUAUAACAUGACUAUAGAAACAUGAAUAAUACGAUGAUCUAUAAAAUAACUUUGAUUAGUUUAACGAUUUUCUGAACUACACAUAUUACCAAGGCUCAUUCAACGGAAGUACAAAUCAAUAAUUCACCUCAUGAGAUGACCUUUCACUCUCUCGGUCUGUAAAAGUUUUGACAUAAACGGUCCCUAGCGCUUAUAAAUAAAGUUACGCAACAUCCAUUCUGCUCAUAAUGGAGAUCAGGCGUUUGACAGGUUUACUCAAUCUCAGGGCUUUUUCCCCCUAAAUGUUUCUCCCCCGGGCCAAUCGUCUUCCUGUCUUACACAAGCCACAGUUGUAAAUCAUCGACCUCUGCAUCAAAUAUUCCCCUCUAUUUGCCU